AUGGCGGACGACACGACCUACGCACCAAAGUCGCCGGACCUCUCUUCUUUUUUCUCGGCAGCACCCGCCCCGCCUACACCUCCACUGCACAGUCUGCAGCACUACCAGCAGCAACUCGGCAAGCUGCAAACCACUCCGACUGCUGUACCGCCGGUAUAUGAAUACUCCUCCCCCUCGUCGCGCAUCUCCCAUCCAAGCCAGUCGUCUUCAACUCCUGUACACAUCAAACAAGAUCAGCCCCACUAUCCGUCACCGGCGGCAAUCAAGACGGAAUUCUCUGCCUAUCAGCCACCGCUGCAUACCCAUCAAGGCCAGCACCAGCACCAGCAACAGCAGCACCAGCAACAUUACCUGUCUCCCCAGUACCACCAGGCGCCGCCACAACAACACCCAUCUCCGCAACAUCCCCCACGACUCAUGCAAAGCGCAUAUGGGAUUCAGCCCGCCGUCAACUACCAGGACCAGCAACCUCAUCAACCCCCCACACCACAAAGCCAGGGAUUUUUAGACCAGAAAAGCUUCAGCGUCACGCCCCAAUUACACGACAUUCCGUACAACCCGGAUUCGCAACUUCUACCACAAACACCCGGUUCAGCAACCAUGCCUCCCAGAAAGAACACAAAGCAGGCGGACUCGCCACCUCCAAUUGACCCUUCCCCUGUCCGGACAAAGUUCCCUACAGCGAGGAUAAAGCGCAUCAUGCAGGCUGAUGAGGAGGUUGGCAAAGUUGCCCAGCAAACUCCCAUUGCCGUCGGCAAGGCUCUUGAGAUGUUCAUGAUUGCUGUUGUCAGCCGAAGCGCGGAAAUCGCCCGGGAGAAGAACUCCAAGCGAGUCACGGCUCAGAUGCUCAAGCAAGUCAUUGAGACAGAUGGACAGUACGACUUCUUGGCUGACAUUGCCGCCAAGGUUGGUGAGGAAGAGAAGAGAGGUGGUCGCUCCAAGGCCGAGUCGUCGAGCGAUGAAGAGAUGGAGGUUGAAACGAAGAAGAAGGGCAAGGGUGGCCGUAAGAAGAAGACUGCUGCAUGA